AGUCAGACCCACCCAGGGAGAUAAGGAGAAUCUAGUUAUUGUCUAUAUUUGCUCAAUGAAUAAUCUCUGUUUUCAUUUCUUUUGCAUAAGACAGGCUGUUUUAUCAGAUUAUCAUUUAUGUUCUUUUUUCAAUAUAAAUCAAUAUACUACUGUAGAAACUUUGAAAACUAUUUUACAAAAAGGAAGAAAUAAGUCACCCAUAAUUCCAUCAGCUGGAGGCCAACCGAUAAUAAAAUGUGAUCAUUUUUUCCAGGUUUCUAAAAGUACGGUCAGUCAAAAUCACAUAGUUUAUCAUGAACUCUUAAGUGAGGGCCCACAGAAUACAUGGCAGAGGGAUUCAAGGGAUUCAUGGACUCCCAGAAUUGCAGAGGGGUGUGUGUGUGUGUGUGUGUGUGUGUGUGUGUGUGUGUGUACAUUAUUUCUGAGAAAAGGUGUGCAGUUUUUAGGAGAUUCUCAAAGGAGUUUAUGGUCAAAAAAGGUUAAGAAUCACAAUUAAUUUUAUACCCUUUUGACAUCUAUUUGUUGUAAUAGUAAUAGCUAAUACUUAUUUUGCAUAUUUGUGUUUACACUGUUCUUAGCAAUUUAACUGUAUUGCAUUUUCCAAAAUCAGUAAAAAUACUUCCUAAACAUUUAAGUAUAUUCUAUUUUAUGUAUGAAUUGUAAUUUGCUUCAUCAUUAUCAGACUUUUACACUAUUUCCAAAGUUGUAGAUUUUUUUUUAAUUUUCAGAAAACAAAAUAGGAUUUUGAUUAUAGAGGAUAAAGAAAUGAAUGUUUUCAGUUCACCUAGAAGGGAAAGUAAUUUUGAAUACUCUAUUUGCACAGCACUGUCCAGGCCCAAUCUGUUUACCAAUUAUUAUACAUCAAAGUUUACCAAUCAUUACACAUGAAUUUGCACAGGUCCUUUGAGGAAAUGUGUAAUGGCAGCAUAAGGGACCAGCAAAAGCUGGAACAGGAGGAUACCAAAAAAAGGCAAGAGCGAGUCAAGCAAUAAUGGGGAGCUGGACAUUAUUCUUAAGAGCAAAGCCACCUGUUUCAUAUUUUAAAUGAUGAAAAAAUAUGUUUUUGCCCAUGUGAAUCAAUAACACAUACACAUCACCUGACCUACUUAAUAUAGUGCCCCAGAGAGCCUGUGGGGGGCAGGAUGUCUACUGGCUGACCUAUCACCCUUAGAGAUCUAACAAUCGUGGUCUAAGGGCAAGGAUUUUUAUUAAGUAGUCUUAGCCCAAAGGCAGCAUCCUUCCUUGCUAGAGAGAAAGGGCACUUUAGUCCCUGGAAAGACAGAGGCAAGCAGCAGCAUCGGAGACACUGCUCCCAGUCAGGACUCAACAUCAGGGACAGAAGUGUUUCUAAGUGGAUUAGGAAAGGUAACCUCAUCGUUUAUAUGCCCUUGUCUGGUCAGGCAAUGUUUUGACUUUGCUGGCAGAGAUUCUGUCCAAACACUUGCUCUUCUUCAUACAUCUUCUAGAGGUGCUGGCCAGACAUGGCUCCAGGUCACUGGAAAUGAGCUGCUGCAUGCUGAGUAUCUGCAGUCCAGUAGCAAGGGCAGGCUUGGCACUCAUGGGCUGAUGUUGCCGCAGCUGCCCCUGCUCCCACACCACAGGUUACAUGAUCCCUUGUCCUGUCCGUGGUCUUUGGCAGGGUCACAGGGCAGAGGGAAGGGUCAGAGAGAAGUGACAUCUUGAAGGGCUGGUGCCCUGGGUAAGAAAGGUUGCUGCCCAUCUGGCACCCCAUUUCAAUUGGGUCUUCUGCUUGUUAAAUGAGGCCCCUAAAUCCUAACCAGCCAAUCACAGGAGCUAAGGCAAGGUUCCGCUUUGGGGAAAUCUACCUUUUAAGAGACUUCUUGCUCAGAAGUCUUCAGGAAAUGAGGCUCUGAUGGUGGAAUGCCAUAAACUGUGUUAGAUGAUGAAGGGGAAAGUUUAGUUGGGAAGUGAGGAGAACCACCCAAUGCUUUAUCCAUGAAGCCAGCUCAGCCAAAGUGCUGGGCAGUCAUGGGCUUUUCUAUGCUUUGUUUCCCCAUUAGUAGCCUUUGAAAAUCCAUGCAAUUGAGGGGAAGUAAAGGCAGGAAGGACUAUCUACCCAGGCAGAGCAGUCUUGCCAUCCCCAAACACCUGUGGUCUCCAGGAGUCUCUUUGAUAGGAGAGCCCCGUGGUAGGGGCACUUGCUUUAGCUUUCACAAUUUAUUAGGAAAUGGGGCUCAGGAUGGGUGGGCAACUGUGGUGAGGCAGGGGGAGAUGAAAACAGGCAUGUCCCAUUGAUGAGCUCAGAUUAUCAGUGGGCUCAACCAUCCAUCAUCGGUGUUGCUCUUCCAAAGAGCACUGUGCCCAUCUGACAGCAAAGUGACUUUUGCUUUCAAAAUAAUUGAGCACAGGAUUUUAUGGAAUGUGCUUAGGGGUCAGUUAUGAGUUGUCUCCCAGAUGGGUGAGAUCCUGAGAAUUUUCAGGCUAAUGGAGAGUCCUUGUCCUGUCUGAGCAAUUUCCCCUCAGAAUUGGUUAUCUUCAAUAUACUGGACUGUGCUGUUUCUACACAUCCCAGUGGGUGGGUUUAGGAGAUGACUAUUUGCCCCCUAAAUGUGGUCAAUGGGACAGCAGGAAGACAGAGAAUGCCAUCCUCAGCCCCAAAUAUAAUUCCUGGGUUCUGACUCACAGGUGUUCAUCAGAAAAGACACCAUGGCAGAGUAUGAUUACCAUGAAGACUAUGGGUUCAACAGUUUCAAUGACAGCAGCCAGGAGGAGCAUCAAGACUUCCUGCAGUUCAGCAAGGUCUUUCUGCCCUGCAUGUACCUGGUGGUGUUUGUCUGUGGCCUGGUGGGGAACUCCCUGGUGCUGGUCAUAUCCAUCUUCUACCAUAAGUUGCAGAGCCUGACGGAUGUGUUCCUGGUGAACCUACCCCUGGCUGACCUGGUGUUUGUCUGCACUCUGCCCUUCUGGGCCUAUGCAGGCAUCCAUGAAUGGGUCUUUGGCCAGGUCAUGUGCAAGAGCCUACUGGGCAUCUACACUAUUAACUUCUACACGUCCAUGCUCAUCCUCACCUGCAUCACUGUGGAUCGUUUCAUUGUAGUGGUUAAGGCCACCAAGGCCUACAACCAGCAAGCCAAGAGGAUGUCCUGGGGCAAGGUCACCAGCUUGCUCAUCUGGGUGAUAUCCCUGCUGGUUUCCUUGCCCCAAAUUAUCUAUGGCGAUGUCUUUAAUCUCGACAAGCUCAUAUGUGGUUACCAUGAUGAGGCGAUUUCCACUGUGGUUCUUGCCACCCAGAUGACACUGGGGUUCUUCUUGCCACUGCUCACCAUGAUUGUCUGCUAUUCAGUCAUAAUCAAAACACUGCUUCAUGCUGGAGGCUUCCAGAAGCACAGAUCUCUAAAGAUCAUCUUCCUGGUGAUGGCUGUGUUCCUGCUGACCCAGAUGCCCUUCAACCUCAUGAAGCUCGUCCGCAGCACACACUGGGAAUACUAUGCCAUGACCAGCUUUCACUACACCAUCAUGGUGACAGAGGCCAUCGCAUACCUGAGGGCCUGCCUUAACCCUGUGCUCUAUGCCUUUGUCAGCCUGAAGUUUCGAAAGAACUUCUGGAAACUUGUGAAGGACAUUGGUUGCCUCCCUUACCUUGGGGUCUCACAUCAAUGGAAAUCUUCUGAGGACAAUUCCAAGACUUUUUCUGCCUCCCACAAUGUGGAGGCCACCAGCAUGUUCCAGCUAUAG